GGGGGCGAGAAAACUGAAUUCUCCGGCUUUUAACAGCACCUGGUAUUUUCAAUUUUUUUUUUUUUUUUUUUUUAAUUUUAUAUUUCUUGGGUUGGAUCGAAGAGAAAGAGACAGACAGAGCGAGGAAAAUCGCCGAUCAUCUCUCUCGUCGAUCCUCCGUUUUGCAGUGUUCCUUUUCACUCUCAGCUUCUGCUCAGGAAAAAUCUCUGGGAAUUUUCCGGGAAAAAAAAGUUGCGUUGCUUCUUGGUUUAAUCUUGUCGGAAUCCGUGAACCCACGUCUGUCCCCUUUUUUUUUUUUUUUUUUUUUCCCUCUUCUUCGGUUUGGUCAGAUAUUGAUUCUUGAAUUUCUUGGCAAUCCUCGAACGCUUUAUCCUAAUCGGACGUAUCCAUUUUGAUCGUCGAAAAUCACCUCGCCAUUGAAGAAGUCAAUUCGAGACUGAACGUGGAAUAAUUUGGUCAAUUACAGCAAUUGAUUUUUACUUUCUGAUCGAUUGCCUGAACUUGGAUUGUUGGGUAUUCGUCUGAUCAUCAAAAGAAACCACUUUUGGAUUUCUGGGUCUGCAUCGGCUUCUAGACUACGUUAGUAUUCUUUUGCCCGAUUGUUUGGUGAGCUGGGAAAAGAUUCAAAGCUACAGCUCAAAGUCGUUUCUGGGGAUGUUUCGGAGGGCAUAAAAGUCGAUAUCGAUAAUCCUCGAGGAGGUUUGAGCUUCCGGAAUACUGACCUGAAACCAUUCUUGCGGUUCUUGGGCUUGCAACAUUCGAUUCUUGGCCUGAUUUUGAGCCGUGGCCAUGGAGUCUGACUCUCUGGAUUAUUGGAGGCAUUACUUUAGGACUGCGAAUUGCGAUAUAUUUGAUAUCAUCGACCGUGCGAUCAUGGUGGCGGCCUCAGAUUGCCCGAAAGACUUCAGGUUGAGGAGGGAUCGCAUUGCAGAGAGGCUGUUCACGUGCCGGUUGACCCGGUGUUCAGGCUGCGACCGGGUUGAGUUGGUGGUGCCGAGUGGGGAUGAGGAUGAUGGGUUGAAAAGUGGGAUUGCUGGGGAGGGGUGUGAUUUUGAGGCUGGUGGGAGCAAAGAGAGCAAAGUGAAUAGUAGUAGGGAUGAUCACGGUGAGUUGUUCAUGAACCAAGAGAGCAAUUACAGCUAUGGAGAGGCAGAGGCACUGACUGAUGAGAUGGAAGAGGAGUCUCAAAUUCUUGGAGAGGUCCUGAGGAUCAAAGAGACUUUGCUCAACAGUGAUGAGGAGUCUGAAUCAGCGCUUCACGAAUCGUUGAGGCGGCUCCAAUUGAUGGCUCUAACUGUGGGGAUAUUGAAGGCAACUGGGAUUGGGAAAGCUGUUAAUCCUCUAAGGAAGCACAGGUCGAAGCAGAUCGGUCGCCUUUCUCAGACUCUUAUUAUGGCGUGGAAGACUAUGGUGGAAGAGUGGAUGCAGGCUGCGCUGCCGCCUGCUGGGAGUACCCCUGAUUCUGUGAACCCAUCAAGCGGUGAUGAAGAAGUGGAAGAGGAAGAGGAAGAGGAAGAGGAAGAGGAAGAAGGACUUCCUUCUCCGCCUUUGGACGAGGGAGCCUUUUUCGCUCCUCAAACUUCUACAAUGGAGCUAUCUGGGUUCUUCGAUGGCAUGGAUGACGAUGGAAAUCCUCGUACUGGCAAAGAAUCUACCAAGAACUGCGGAAAUGGAAGAAAACCGUUCCAAGAGAAGGAAAAUGUGAGCGAGCAACGAAGAGAGAGAAAGCCAGAUGGAGAGAAAGACAGUCUCCAAGACAUGAGGAAUCAACAUUUGAAGAAGCGAGAAGACGUUGUGGAGCCAAAUAGACCCUCAAACACUAAUGCUGGGCAGGGUAGACAUACAAAUCUCAAUGCUGAGCAAAAGGUCAACAAAGAGUCCAAGCUCCAGCCGAGAAGAUUGGAGAAGAUUUCUGCACAGAGGAGGAUGGUUGGUAAUCAGAAAGAUGGCGCCAAGUAUUCAGAAGAUGAUGCAGUCCAAAUGAAACUUGAAGCUACGAAGAGGAAGCUCCAGGAAAGUUAUCAACAAGCUGAGAAUGCCAAGAAGCAGCGGACUAUACAGGUAAUGGAUUUGCACGAUCUCCCGAAACAGUCACUUGGCCAUAGAAAUCUACACAUGAGACCUGGGAACCAGAACAGGCAUUGGGCAAAUGGGCGGCGCUAGUAUGUAAGUUUCCGCUCAUCGUACUGGAGAGCCUUGACAAUUACUUUCCAUCAUGAAAGCUAGUGAGAGAAGAACACUAACAACUCCGGAUCACGGUGGUGAUCAUUGAUUGUUGACGAUUGAGCUUUCUCGCAACGCAAGUCUCAAGAAAGCUUCGGAAUUCCCUGGCUCAGUAUGACAUUCCUUGAGGUACUUAGAUUUAGGAUUAUACCCAUUCGGGUUUCAUAGAAAUUGGGAGGUAUAUCUGACUUUUCCGGUAAUUGAUUGCAUCGUAACCAGAAAGGAUGAUUGUAGAGAACUCUAAUUUACGUCGUCCCGGUCGACAUGUAUUUAAUGGUCUCGAACAUUUGUUCUCACUUUCUUCUCAAGAUGGGGGAGAGUAUAGAUCUUGCCUUGAGCCGGCAUGCAUAGAGCUUUGGAUAGGAAUAAAUCUGAAUUGGAGGAUAACGUAUGAGUCAUGAACUGCUGUUUGUUGCCCCAUGUUCCAAGACAAAGUUUGGACAUUCUUGAUAUGCA